AUGCCAUUAUUUAGAUCUAGAUCAAGAUCAAGAUCAAGAAAAGAUUCAUCUCCACCACUACCCGAUGUCAAACCAUAUAGAUCAAAUUCAAUUGGACGUACUCAAUCAAAUGAUUCUUUAAGAUCAAUUAAUUCAACAAAAAGUAAUAGAUUAAAAUCAUUUUUUAAAUCUCCUAUUGUACAUAAUUUAGAUGAUCAGUUGGAUAAAUUACAUAUAUCAUCUAGGGAAAAUUCAGUAUCUCCUUGUAAAGAUCAUCAUGAUGAACGACCUGUGGUUAAGAAAAGAAUAAGUACUAUUGCUGAAACUUCAAGUAAUUAUUCAACUGAUACUGAUGCUUAUUCAUCAGAGGAGGAGGACAAUGAAGAUGAAUAUGAUGAUGAUAGUUGUAGUGAUGAUGAUGAUGAAAUACAUGAACAUCCAAUUAAAUUAAAGAAAUAUUCCCUUGAUCAACAACAUCAUGAUUUAACUGUACUAUUAUCAAAUAUGGUAACUUUAGGAUUAUUUAAAAGUCAUAUUAAAAGUUACAAAGAACUUAAAGAAAUAGCAAAUAUUGAAAGUCAAAAUACUUAUUCAUUAUUAGAUUCAAAUAAUAAAAUUUAUAAAUUAUCCAAAUCAUUAAAUGGGAAUAGUAUAAUUGAUGUCAAUCAAAUAUCAUUAAUUAAUAAUUUGACUAUAAAGAUUCAAGAUUUGAUAAUUAAGAAAAAUUAUCAACUAAUAACUAAUGAAAAAUCAUUAUUUCAAAGAUAUGGUAUCAUCAAUCAAGUCAUUGGUAAAGGAGCUUAUGGAUUAAUUAAAAUUAUCGAUCCCGAUACUAGUUCUUCUUCUUCUUCUUCUACUACUACUACAGGAAGUCCAAAAUUUGAUAUGAAUAGAAAUUUAUAUGCUGUUAAACAAUGGUUUAGAAAGAAAAAUGAAAGUAAUGAUAUUUUCAUUGAAAGAAUUUUAUCAGAAUUUGUUAUUCAAUCUACUUUAAAUAAUGAUCAUUUAUUAAGUAGUGUUGAUUUAAUGUGUCAAUUACCAUUAUCUUCAAAUUAUUCUGAUUUACAAUUUAGUCAGAUUAUGUCAUGUAAUCAAGGUGGUGAUUUAUAUUCAUAUUUAAUGAAUCCAAUGGAUAUUAAUAACAAAUCUGUGAAUUUUAUAUCAUUAGAUGAAAUUGAUUGUUGGAUUAAACAAAUCACCAUUGGUUUAAAUUAUAUGCAUAAUCAUGGAGUUUCUCAUUGUGAUUUAAAAUUAGAAAAUAUAUUAAUUUCUUAUAAACCAACUGGUCCUGAUGGUAAUAUUAAAAUGAUUCUUAAAAUAUCUGAUUUUGGUAAAUCAUUUGUAUUUAAAACAAAAUUUGAUAAUAAUGAACAAUUAUUAAAUAAUUCAAAUGGGUUAUUAAUUGGUACAUUACCUUAUAUUCCACCUGAAGAAUUCCUUUCAAGUAAAACUUCAAAAGGUAUACCAUUUUCAUCAAUUAAAAAAGAUUGUUGGUGUUUAGGUAUACUUAUAAUCGUAUUAUAUAAUAUUCGUCGACUUUAUUAUUCUGGUUCAAAUUCAAGUAUUGAAUUACAAAAAAGAUUCAGAAAUUUCACCAAUGAUUCAACUACCACCACAUCAACAAGAACUACUACAACAACAACUUCUACUACGACUGAUGAAGAUACAGAUAAUGAAGGUGGUGUACAUUUAUCAAGUGUAGAUAUUCAAGGAUGUGGAUUUAUAUGGGGUACAACGGAUUUUAAAUCAUUAACAGAUAAAUCAUAUAAAGAUAAAUUAUUCAAUGAAUAUGUUCAUAAAAGAAUGAUUGCAAAUUAUGAUUCAAUUACAAAAGAAUGGUUGAUUAAAAAACAAGGUAAAUUUAAACAAAUUGAUAAUAUUUGUUAUAUUUCAAAUACAUCAAAAGAUCAUAAUGUAGUUGAACAAAUAAAAAAUGAUAAUAAUGAUGAUUUGAAUGAACUUAGAGUAAUGAUGAUUUAUAAAUUAUUAGAUAUAAAUCCUGAUUCAAGAAUGAAUACUGGUGAUUUAUUAUCUAGUGAUUGGUUAGAUGUUAUAGAUAUUUGCUAA